AUGGAAGAAACCUCUAUUGAAGUUUUAAGAGCAGCUAAGCAAUCUUUUCUUAGGGAAGAAAUCAUUGAAAAAGAUUUUUCCACUGAUGAUUUUAUUUUAUUUUGUGACCAAAAAAAAUCGUCAAAUAUUGAUGACUGGACUUUAGAAGAACUUAAAGAAAUUGUAAAAGAAUUUAAAUCAGUUUUUCAUACAAUUGCAGAAGAACAAAAAGAAAUAUCAGAAAAUGAGCCAAAACUCAGCAAAGAAGGCUCAUUAGAUACCAUUGAAAGUCCUAUUAAGACUGAGCUGCUUACUACAGAACCCAACAAAAUCAGAAGUUUAAGCGAUUCUAGAGAAGAUCGAAACCCUGAAAUAAAGCAAAAGCCUGUAUCUCUUUAUACUUACUUAAUCAUAUGAUAUUUAAGGUAUGGUGUCGCACCGUUCGUUAUAAAUGGCUAGCCAGACUGGUGAUAUCAUGAGUUAUCUUGCUUCUUUCGAAGCUUUAUAUCAACAGUAAUUAAAACAAACUCCACCAUUCUCCGCCUCUGGCCCAACUGCACUUCUCACCUUGAACGUUGCUGCCGCGUGUAACUCAGCUCCAGCGUGUGUCCUACCUAAAGGUCACCUCAGGUGUGCUGAAUGGAUUAAACCCUAAGCCCCCGUGAACCCUUUGAUCAAUUUGGGAGACUGAGCACCCCUCGUUGCUGACCUGAUGCAGCUGAAUAAGGAUUCUCUGGAAAACCAAACUUCAAAAUAAUCAAAUGAGCAAAGGAGAAGAAAAUUAGCAUACGCUGCCAUUUAUGAUUGAACCUAUUUAUACAAUAACCACUUAUAAGGCACCAGACACUGCGCUUUCUCUACAAGAUUUUGUGGAAAUAAAAGUUGAAAAGUAAUGAUUACUCAGUGCCAAAAUUUCUAGCGGCGGGAUGUUUUCUUCAGCAAAAAUCAGUUUUCCUAUAGUCACACAGCCACUAGGGUGGAUCGUAAAAAGGCAAAUUGAAGAUUUUGUUUGGCUUAGGAAUAUUUUAGCAACAGUUUAUCCAGCCAAUUAUGUGCCUCCAAAUCCUCCGAAAAGGGUGAUGAAUUCUACUAAAAAUGAAGCUUUAAGCAAGCAGCAGUCAUAUUUACAAAGGUUUCUUGCUGCAAUUGUAAGAAAUCCUUUAUUUAGAAGAGAAAAAGACUCCAAGGAACUCCUUAUGGAGCUUUAGGAUUUAUCACAAUUAAACUGAAAAGAGUACCUCUGUCACCUUUAAGUAGUCCUUCAGGCUUGAGUGGCCUGCAGAAAAGGGAAGAUUAGUUUCUCCCCAAAGGUUUUCGAGUCCGUACCAGAUGGGUUAGACAGACUUUUUCCACUUGGUCUUUGUCUAUUAGGACUAGCGGUGCAUCCGCAAGAGGGGUCUAACCUAGGGAGCUAAUCCUUAGGCUAGUUGUGUCUACGCCAGAUAGUCAGACAGUUAAUCCUCUCUUGGUCUUAUAGCAUUUAACUUAACUUUUUAUUUAGAAGAUGCGAAUAUUUAGUAUCAUUUUUAAGCCAAGAUGAUGAAAAAGCAUUCGCAAAUGUAAAAAAAGAAAGCUUAAAGGUAAAAAGACCUGAGUUAUUAGAAAAUUUUUGAACUUUAGAUGGAAAUGCUAUUUGUGAUCCAUACAUUGUAGAACAAGAAAAUUCUAAAUUUGAUGAAUAUCUUAAUAUUACAGAAAUAACCAAAAAAAAGUUAAAAAGACAGACUGAUGAAAUUGUGGCGAUUUUUAAAGAUUUAUCAGGGAGAAUAACAGAAAUUGCAAGAAGUUUUGAGGUUUUGGAGAAUAUACAGGUGCAGCUUCCUGAUAUACCUGGAACUAAGCCUUUGUAUGGAUGCUUGAAGGAGUCGUUUUUUCAUUGGUCAGCUCAUACUUUUGAUACUGCAAAUUUAAUCCAAAGCUAUUGCAAUUUAUUUUUCAAGUAUGGAUAUAAUGAACUUAUUCCGCUAAAAGAAAUGGCAAGAGAAAGGGAUACAAAAUUAUCGAAUUAUUUGAAAAGUUAUCAGAGAUUGCAGCAGAAAAAAGAUAAAUUGUGGAUUAAUGGAGAUAUGCUAAUAAUACUAAAUAUAUUUAUCAACUAUUAUAAUGGAUAAGCCUAAAUAUUUAUUAGCUUGUUUCCCUUUUUUAUAUAAAAAAAGCACUAACUUAUUAUCCAGACACAAAUUUUAAUGCAAAAAAAAUACAAUUAAUUUUCCUAUAUAGCCAACCCUUAUUUAUUAUACAUAUAUUUAUAUAUAAAUGAGGAAUGAAGCCAGAACAUGCCAAUAUUGAUCCAGGGUUACUCCAAACGGACAAAGAGCUCGCCUUCCCAAAAAUGCUUUAUAAAGAAUCCAAAGAGAUUGAAAAACAAAAAGAUGAAGCCGCUCAUCUGAAUUUUCAAGUAAAAUCUGAAAUGAGACGAAUAUUACUAGACAACCAACUUAUUGAAAAUCUGCAUUUUUCAGACCUGGGGAAGUCUUUUACCGACCAUAUGUCUCAUAUGCACCUGAUAUGAAAUGAAUUAGUCGCGAAAUUAGCGAAUAUUCGGUCACGGUGUAUCCCUUCAAGGUCUCAUAUUUAA